GUCCUUCUCCCGCCCCCGCCCCUGCCUGCCAGCUCCACCGGGCCGCAGGUGCGGACGACCUCAAAAUUCCUCGGCCAGCGAAGGCCGCCAGCUGCAGGGAGCGGAGGGGAGGCGGUCCCGCAGCGCCCCCAGACUCAUGUCUCAGGUUGUGCCUUUUUAGCCAAGAAGCAUGGAGGUCAUUCACGGCAGGCCCUACUGUUGCAGGGAGCUUGAAGGAGCUGACAUACUGUCCAACACCUUUUACUCUAAUGAAUUGCACACCCCCCUCCAAACGACUACUCGCCCAACUGCCUCAGAGGACAGGUAUCAGGAAUUAAGGGAGUCACUUCAACAAUGUAGACUUCCUUGGGGCGCUGAAAGAGAGUAUGGUGGGAUAAUACCGAUUUCACUCCCCGAGGACCACAGGCCAAAGUGUGAGCCUCCUCGUGUCAUAGGCAAAGGACAUCAGCAUUACGGAUUUGGUGGAGAAACCUGGCCAAGAAAGCUUCCUAUUGAACAAUUUUAUUAUUUGACCCAGAACAAAAAAAGUGAUCUCUAUGGAAAUGAUUCUUUGAUACCCAAACCGCCGAAUUCAACAGUAGGAGAGAUCUGCUUGCCAUAUCCAAUUGAACACCCCUACCACACACACACCUGUCGCGGCGCCAUGUUCCCCACCUUCACGUCACCUGACGACCUCUACACAGGCAUUAAAACCCGCGCCCAGCAGCCCUUUCCUCCCACGGUGCCAACCAAGACUUAUGAUUCAACAGUUUUGAAGACAAGAGGUAAUCCUUAUAGAUAUGAACUGAUUGAUAUUCCCAUGGAUUCAAAGAAGAAAGCACUGACUUGGCCAGGUCAGGGUGUAUAUUAUGAUUUUCCUAGAGGUGUUGAGAAAAAUAAGCCAGUAUUCUACCCAAAACCUCCUAAAACCUUCGCUCCUAACACUUCUUUAAAUUCAUGGGACCCUAUUUGCUCUGCCAAAGAAGCCAACAUACAAAGAAAUCUUGAGAGGUCCCACUGGCUCACUUCGUACACUCAUGAUUUUACAGGUCUGGGGCCCAUGGACCCCCUUGAACUGGAUGAUUACCAUGAAAAGGUGGUAGCAGAGUUAACAGGACAGAUAGGAUUUGACCCAGAGCCUCAAGAAAAAUUCCAUCCUGUCUUCAAACCUCCCAGACCAUUGGAAGGACGAAUUGCCCGAUUAAUUCAGAACCGGCGUUCUCUGGAGGCUAUAGUCCAACAAAGACCACGUUCCUGUCCAGACUGUACUCCUAGAGUUUUGUGUAAUUUUCAUACCUUUGUACCCAGUUCUAAAGAAAUGAUGGCACUUAGUGAUAACACACCAGCAGGUGUGACCCAUAAAAACCAGGAUAUCGAAGAGAAGAUUAUAGAAGAACAGAGCUUGCUAUCUACGUAUGAACUCCCAUCUUGUUACCCAACAAAAGAUCUGACUAGCAUUUAUGACAUAAAGCCAUUUCCAAAAAUCACAGAUACUAAAAAGACAGAAGAUUUAUACUGGAGACAGCAGUCACUGAAAACCCAACCCACACCUUACUGUAAACCAAACCACUGGAUUCACUACGAAAAUCUUAAAUCUCCCCUGCGUGAUCAGUAUAAUAUGUAUCCAAACCUUGUUAGCCUUAGUAAACCUAGUGUUUUACAAAAUAAACAAGACACGGAAGCUUUCACUUUAGAACAUUUUUUAAGUAAGCCAGAAGAAGAGUUGGUUUUGAACAUGGAAAACAAUGAAGAAACAAGACCUAUUCUUGGUUGGAUUCCUAGAGCUGGAGUGACCAAGCCUCAGACCAACCUGCUGGAGCUUAAGAACUCUUUUUCAAAAACUGGUGCACAAAAGCGUUUCCAUAAAUCAAUUCUAGAAGACCAUAAAGACCUCAGGGAUAAUGAGCAUUCAGGGUUGAAGCACCAAUUCUAUGGCCAUAAUUCCUAUUAUUUCUAUAACUGAGAUACUCAUUCUUCCCUUCAAAACCCAGCCUCUUGCAAGAAGCUAAAAAAUAUAACAGAAUUUCCUUCAUAUUGCUGGAUUUUGUUUUCUAGAUUAAGCCACAAGGACCUUGUUAAUGAAGUUUAUGCUUUCAGGAAUUUAAGUUAGUAUCUGGUUGGAGGACCCCAGAAAAGGUGAUGUUCUGACUUCUUGAAAAGUUUAACAAUUUGGCAAUAAAAUAUUAGAACUAGAAAAAUGUAUAGUCUUUAACCUCUCAUCUUCAGAUUAUACUCUAAGGAAAUUUUCCAAAAUCGCAAAAAGCAAUGUGUACAACAAAGUUUACAUCGUUUCACCAAAAAAAAACUGAAAAGCUGGAAAUAACUCAAAUGAUCAAUAAUUAAUGACUAUACAAAUUAUAAUAUCUUAAUAAAAUAAAUAUGAGAACACUGUCCCUUUAUGUAAAUUUUUGUACAUAGUAGCGUUAGAUAGAAAAGACAAAACUCAAACACCCAGUUAAUUGAGGGAUGGACAGCUCUACAAACUACAUUGUCUUAAAAGUAUGUGGACUCUGUUCCUUUAUGUAAACAUAUAAAGAAAAUAAGUCAGCGAAAAAAAUGAAACCCAAAACUCUCCGCAUGUACACAUUACAAAUUGAAUUGUUUCCUUACUCUUAACCUUCUGACUAAGAAACAUAACUAUUUCUUUUAUGCAGAUAAAAUUAUUUUACUGAAGAUCUAGCAAUGGCUUUAAUUAGCAGCUGGUGAGUUGUAAUUAUAGCAAGAAAGGAAGGCUUGAUAUCAGUUAUUACAGAGCGCCAAAUCUUCAUUUCUGGAGUGUGUUCUCUAAGAGUUUGGCUAACUCCCAUAUGCAAGUCAAUUCAUUUAAUGUGCCAAGAGGUAGAUUUUAAACAUAGUCUAUCAUGGAAGUUCAAGAGGAAUUUCUUUAAGUAUUUUGUGAAUAUUUAUUUUAAUUUUACGAUCAACAUGUCAUUUGGUUAUAAUCUCCUUAAAACUAUUCUAAAGUUGGAGAAUUUUGUUCCAACUGCAUUCUGUACAGCACUAGUUACAUUAAGUGUCACAGGAAGUAAAGGUUUAUGUGGUGAAAUAACACUGGGGAAAUCGGAUCAACAAUGUCAGUUGCAUGACUUGGUCACUGGGUUCUCUACAGCCUUUAAUAUGUAAUGCAAUUGGGAGUGUCUGACGUGAGGGAGAUAAAGAUAGUGUACACACUUUUUAUCACAGAGUAGAUCACUGGACUGGAAUUCCAAGUAAUAAACUUUGGAAGAUGUAACUCUCCGGUAUAAAAAUUUGA